UUCUUCGUGAUAGAGGACCAUAUUCUCCACACUACCCAGGGCUUGGUGAACAGGGCCUAUGUCGAAGAGCUGUGGGAGCUAGCACUGUCCAAGACCAUCGCUGCCCUGCGCACACACUCAGUAAGACACACACACACACACACACACACACACCACACCACUAAAGCCUAGUUUAUACCCUUCGUACGUACAUUUUGCAUAGCGUUCUUGUGUUAGCCUUAACCCCACUCUCUCUCUGUCAGCUCUCUCUGUCACUCUCUCUGUCACUCUCUCUCGCUCUCUCUCUCGCUCUGCGCUCUCUAGUCGUACUGCGCUGACCCAGACCUGGUGUUGGAUCUGAAGAAUCUCAUUGUGCUGUUAGCAGACACACUGCAGGUUAGUGUUUUUAUUUUAUAUUUUGUGUGUAUUAGGACUGUGUAUUUAACCCUUUCACAUAUUUGUGGUCAUUGUUGAGUGGACCCUGCAGCGUUCCAUCGUGAUGGGAACAGUAGCAACAGAACGUACAGUACUGCAUUCAGUCAGACAGUACUGCAUUCAGUCAGACAGUACUGCAUUCAGUCAGACAGUACUGCAUACAGUCAGACAGUACUGCAUUCAGUCAGACAGUACUGCAUUCAGUCAGACAGUACUGCAUUCAGUCAGACAGUACUGCAUUCAGUCAGACAGUACUGCAUACAGUCAGACAGUACUGCAUACAGUCAGACAGUACUGCAUUCAGUCAGACAGUACUGCAUACAGUCAGACAGUACUGCAUUCAGUCAGACAGUACUGCAUUCAGUCAGACAGUACUGCAUUCAGUCAGACAGUACUGCAUACAGUCAGACAGUACUGCAUUCAGUCAGACAGUACUGCAUUCAGUCAGACAGUACUGCAUUCAGUCAGACAGUACUGCAUACAGUCAGACAGUACUGCAUACAGUCAGACAGUACUGCAUUCAGUCAUUCAGUACUGCAUUCAUCAACAGUACUGCUUACAGUCAACAGUACUUGCAUAAAGUUCAGCAUACUGCAUUCGUCGCGUACGCAGAGCCGUACAGUAACUGCAUACAGUCAACAGUACUGCAAUUCAUCAGACAUACUGCAUUCAAUCAACAGUACUGCUUCAUCAGACAUUACUGAUUCUGUCAGACAUUACUGGCAUUCAACAGAUGUUACUGCAUACAGUUCGACAGUCUGCAUACAUCAGACAGUAUGCCAUUCAGCAGACAGUACUGCAUACAGUCAGACAGUACUGCUCGUCGACAGUACUGCAUACCGUCGACAGUACUGCAUUCAUCAGACAGUCUGUGCAUACAGUCAGACGUACUGCUUCAGUCAGACGUACUGAUACAGUCAACUCUGCAUCUCAACAGUACUGCAUACAUCAGACAGUACUGCUUCAGUCAGACAGUUACUUGUAUUCAGCGCAUUCAGACCCUUUUUACACAUUUUGUUACAUUACUGUCUUAUUCUAAAAUUGAUUAAAUUGUUUUUUUUCCCCCCCCUCAUCAAUCUACACACAAUACCCAAUAAUGACAAAGCAAAAACAGGUUUUUAGACAUUUUUGCAAAUGUAUGGAAAAGAUGUUCGAUCGGGUUCAAGUCCGGGCUCUGGCAGGGCCACUCAAGGACAUUCAGAGACUUGUCCCGAAGCCACUCCUGCGUUGUCUUGGCUGUGUGCUUAGGGUCGUUGUCCUGUUGGAAGGUGAACCUUCGCCCCAGUCUGAGGUCCUGAGCGCUCUGGAGCAGGUUUUCAUCAAGGAGCUCUCUGUACUUUGCUCCGUUCAUCUUUCCCUCGAUCCUGACUAGUCUCCCAGUCCCUGCCGCUGAAAAACAUCCCCACAGCAUGAUACUGCCACCACCAUGCUUCACCGCUUUCCUCCAGACGUGAAGCUUGGCAUUCAGGCCAAAGAGUUCAAUCUUGGUUUCAUCAGACCAGAGAAUCUUGUUUGUCAUGGUCUGAGAGUCUUUAGGAGCCUUUUGUCAAACUCCAAGCAGGAGUUAUGUGCUUUUACUGAGGAGUGGCUUCCGUCUGGCCACUCUACCAUAAAGGCCUGAUUGGUGGAGUGCUGCAGAGAUGAUUGUCCUUCUGGAAGGUUCUCCCAUCUUCACAGAGGAACUCUGGAGCUCUCUGACUGACCAUCGGGUUCUUGGUCACCUCCCUGACCAAGGCCCUUCUCCCCCGAUUGCUCAGUUUGGCCGGACGGCCAGCUCUAGGAAGAGUCUUGGUGAUUCCAAACUUCUUCCAUUUAAGAAUGAUGGAGGCCGCUGUGUUCUUGGGGCCUUGAAUGCUGCAGACAUUUUUUGGUACCCUUCCCCAGAUCUGUGCCUCAACACGAUCCUGUCUCGGAGCUCUACGGACAAUUCCUUCAACCUCAUGGCUUGGUUUUUGCUCUGACAUGCACUGUCAACUGUGGGACCUUAUAUAGACAGGUGGUUGCCUUUCCAAAUCAUGUCCAAUCAAUUGAAUUGACCACAGGUGGACUCCAAUCAAGUUGUAGAAACAUCUCAAGGAUGAUCAAUGGAAACAGGAUGCACCUGAGCUCAAUUUCUAGUCUUCAGCAAAGGGUCUGAAUACUUAUGUAAAUAAGGUAUUUCUGUUUUUUUAUUUUAAAUAAAUGUGCAAACAUUUCUAAAAACCAGUUUUCGCCUUUGUCAUUUUGGAGUAUUGUGUGUAGAUUGAGAAAAAAAUUAAAAUAAUUUAGAGUAAGGCUAUAACGUAACAAAAUGUGGAAAAAGGGAAGAGGCCUGAAUACUGUAUGAUGCAACAAAAAAACAUCUAACCAGCGUUGUCUGAAAAAAUGCAUCUAAACAAUGUACUGAUGGGAAAUAAAGGUCUUCACAACUUUAUUCCUCAAUUUCACCUUUUAUUCUAAAAUAUAAAUGCGAACUUCAUCAUUCAUCAUCACACGGAACACAUCCACAAGGGAGAAAUGUAAUAUUGUUAAGAAAAGAGAUGCUAAGCUAACAGCAGCUUAAUGCUUUAUGAUGGCAGCCAUGUUUGUUUAUGUUUGACAAGCGAAAACUCCCUAAUCCUAGAAUGCCAUUCACUAUCAGAUGCAAAUAAACAAAGUCAAAGUUGGCUGCGGCCUGAAAAAAUAUGAAUUUAGUUUGGCCAUUUUUCACCAUCACCUUACAGAUCAUCACCUCAAAUACAAGCCUACUGCCUAGCCGAACCAUAGUGCAAAAGCCAGAUUUGGAUGAAACCAUUUUUGGGGGGGUUUGUGGGGAGGUUCAUUUAAUUUCUGGGGGAUUUCAAGUCCAUGGGAGAAAGGUAUCAUAAUCAAAUUCUAUUUGUCACAUGGACCGAAUUCAACAGGUGUAGACCUUACCGUGAAAUGCUUACUUACAAGAUCUUAACCCACAAUGCAGUUUUAAGAAAAUUGAGUUAAGAAAAUAUUUACUAAAUAAACUAAAGUUUAAAAAGGUAACACAAUAAAAUAACAAUAACGAGGCUAUAUACAGGGGGUACCGGUACCCUCUGUAGCGCCUUGCGGUCGGAUGCCGAGCAGUUGCAAUACCAGGGGGUGAUGCAACCGGUCAGGAUGCUCUUGAUGCUGCAGCUGUAGAACCUUUUGAGGAUCUGGGGACCCAUGCCAAAUCUAUUCAGUCUCCUGAGGGGGAAAAAGCGUUGUUGUUGUGCCCUCUUCACAACUUUCUUGGUGUGUUUGGACCAUAAUUGUUUGUUGGUGAUGUGGACACCGAGGAACUUGAAGCUCUCGACCCGUCGAUGUGAAUGAGGGCGUGUUCGGCCCUCCUUUUCCUGUAGUCCACGAUCAGCUCCUUUGUCUUGAUCACAUUGAGGGAGAGGUUGUUGUCCUGGCACCACACUGCCAGCGUUCAACACCACAGUGCCCUCAAAGCUCAUCACUAAGCUAAGGACCCUGGGACUAAACACCUCCCUCUGCAACUGGAUCCUGGACUUCCUGACGGGCCGCCCCCAGGUGGUAAGGGUAGGUAACAACACAUCUGCCAUGCUGAUCCUCAACACGGGGGCCCCUCAGGGGUGUGUGCUCAGUCCCCUCCUGUACUCCCUGUUCUGUAGUGGAACAGGUUGAGAGCUUCAAGGUCCUUGGUGUCCACAUCACCAACAAACUAUUAUGGUCCAAACACACCAAGACAGUCAUGAAGAGGGCACGACAACACCUAUUCCCCCUCAGGAGACUGAAAAGAUUUGGCAUGGGUCCUCAGAUCCUCAAAAAGUUAUACAGCUGCACCAUUGAGAGCAUCCUGACUGGUUGCAUCACUGCCUGGUAUGGCAACUGCUCAGCCUCCGACUGCAAGGCACUACAGAGGGUAGUGCGUACGGCCCAGUACAUCACUGGGGCCAAGCUUCCUGCCACCCAGGACCUCUAUACCAGGCGGUGUCAGAGGAAGGCCCUCAAAAUUGUCAAAGACUCCAGCCACCCUAGUCAUAGACUCUUCUCUCUGCUACCGCACAGCAAGCGGUACUGGAGCGCCAAGUCUAGGUCCAAAAGGCUUCUCAACAGCUUCUACCCCCAAGCCAUAAGACUCCUGAACAGCUAAUCAUGGCUACCCGGACUAUUUGCACUGCUGUAAGUUAGACUAAAUAUUAGCACUUCAUGGUUAAUAACAUUACAUCUGGAUAAUAACACAAAACAAAUCAUAAGGCUAGAGAAAUGUAUCGACAGAUAUUACGAAAACAAGCAACACUCAAAACAUGACGGAGGGUAAACGAGGAGAAUCAAUCUCCAAGAGAAAAGAUCGACUGAUACAGAUGAUUUAUGCUUUUCACCACUGGGACUGGUAAGUGUGGAGAGCGAUCUGUUAAAGUCGAUAAAUGACAAACUGGGCAUACUUGAAUUAGUAAUUAAGGAUAUAAAAGAGUUGAAGGCGAGUCUUGAAAUGAGUGACGAAAAAGCUGCGAUAAUGGAGAAAGAUACAAAAAAGCUAAAAGGGGGACAGUCACUAAGAUCGAAAUGGACAUUAGGGAACUUAAAAAGGAGAACAUCUUUCUGAGAAACAGGAGUGAUAGAGUGCUGCAUCAGAUGACCUGGCCUCCACAAUCCCCCGACUUCAACCCAAUUUGAGAUGGUUUGGGAUGAGUCGGACCGCAGAUUGAAGGAAAAACAGCCAACAACUCCAUAUGUGGGAACUCCUUCAAGACUGUUGGAAAAGCAUUCCAGGGUGAAGCUGGUUGAGAGAAUGCCAAGAGUGUGCAAAGCUGUCAUCAAGGCAAAGGGUGGCUAUUUGAAGAUUCUCAAAUAUAAAAUAUACUUUGAUUUGUUUAACACUUUUUUGUUUAUCAUGAUUCCAUAUGUAUUAUUUCAUAGUUUUGACGUCUUCACUAUUAUUCUACAAUGUAGAAAUAAAGAAAAACCCUUGAAUGAGUAGGUGUGUCCAAACAUUUGACUGGUAGUGUAUAUAUUUGCAAAAUAAAAUAUGGGGGAUUGGAAGUGAUGCGAACAAUUACAUUGAUCUGCAAUAUUAAAGCUGAUCUACCUCCCUAAAAAAAAUAAUUUGGAAUGCAUGAUUUGUCACCAGUACUUGAAAACGUGAAUACAACAGUAAGUACGUUACAUACAUAUGGUGUGCUACAAUAGAAACGACAACACCAUAUACAGAAACGAUAACGUUAACGUGUUUUAAUGAUAAGGCAGUUUAAUAGGAACAUUUCCAACGUUAUUAAACAACGUUAUUAAACAACAAUGAAGGCAAUGCCAGCCGGAAAAUGUGCCAGGAGGAAAAUGUGGCAAGAGGAAAACUUUGCAAGUUAUUUUCUGACUGGAGAUGCGCAAAUAUCUACAUACUUGAUCUGGGGAACGACUGGGGAAGUGCUUUGGCUCUCAUCAUAGAGAGGAGUUUGUCCGGCUCAGUAAAGCCUCAAACAUAAAUUGUCCUCAACAGUGAAAUGGGCUACUUCUUUCUAUGUGAAUUAACGAGGAGGCUGAACACACAUCAAUUCAAACUGUUGUUAGAAAAUAAAACUUGUUAGAAAAUAAUUUGAAAUUGACAAGUUCAAACAGAUGAGCAGCGAGCGGCGUGUCUUGUUUUGAGGGCAGCGCGAGUGUGAAAAGGUUCAUGUCGAACAUGUUGUGUGUUUUUGUCUGUUUUUUUUUGUGUGCAGAGAGACUGUGUGUUUUUUAAAUAUCUAGUGUGUGUUUUGCACGAGCCUGGAUGAGGUCAGCGUGAAGUUGAGGGAGUUGACCGUCUAUCUCCUCCUCCUCUGCUCAUCCCUUGUUUCAGGGCUACGGGUUCCCGGUGUCUCAGCUGUUUGACAUGAUGUUGGAGAUGAGAGAGCAGUAUGGAGAGAUACUGCUGAAGAAAUGGAACCUCACAUUCAGGUAACUGAAAAUAAAUGGUAGACCGAUCUCUGAUAGGACAACAUCUGGACCACUCGGGUCUUCGUACACCUCCCUGUGUGCUUUCUAUCACUGACUGGCCUUUUUGACUUUUUAGAAAACCUGAAUUUUUUCCCCUUCUUUCCUACAACUGUUUCUGUGUGUUUUUGGAAUGACUACUGUGUUGGGUAAAGGUCAUUGGUGUGUCGUUUGGUUGAGAUGUUUUCAGACAGGAGAGGGAACAGCUAACUUCCUCUGCUAUAGAGUGGACGAGAGGUGAUAAUGUCCCUGGCAAGACCGAUGGGGUUUGGGUUAGUCGUACUCUGUACGUGUGUGUGCUAGCGUGUGUGUGUGUGUGUGUGUGUGCUAGCGCGUGUGUGUGUGUGUGUGUGUGCUAGCGCGUGCGUGUGUGUACGUGUGUGUGUGUGCGCUAGCGCGCGUGUGUGUGUGUGUGCUAGCGUGUGUGUGCUAGCGCUUGCGUGUGUGCGCGUGCGUGUGUGUGUGUGUGUGCGCGUGUGUGUGUGUGUGUGUGUGUGAGAGAUGAUCCCCCGGGUAGUUGAACCAUUGUUACUGCAGUUAUUUCUCACCAAAGGCCAGAGGGACGUUCAAUACGCUGUAAAACAACACGGAAAACCCCAAAAAUGUCCCCCCCCCCCCCCCCCCACACACACACACACACACACACACACACACACACACACACACACACCACAGAAAUGUCGCCUCUUUUGUGGAAUAACACACAACUAGGGUUCAAAGCCUCUCUCUGGAACGCUGUUCGGAAUGUCGGAACCUCGGAGCUCCGCUCUCAGCAUUCUGAAGAGACCGGAGAGGAGCAGACAGACCACAGGAGAACAACCCCAGCGGUGUGGUGCGGUGUGGUGUGGUGUGUGUGUGUGUGUGUACACUGUGUGUUUGUGUAACCCCAGCGGCCGUAGUUCCAACUGAUCCCUGUGAAAGCCUCUCUGGCACACGCCUUGAGUUCAGAAGGACUGGGAAUCUCACCGAACCCAGAAAAGCUUGGAUGGAGGGAUGGGAGAUAUAUAUAUAUAUAUAUAUGAUGAGGAAGAUAAAUAGUGUGCCCAUGCGUUAACCUUCCCUCUCCUCUCAUCUCUCUCUCUCUCUCUCUCUCUCUCUCUCUCUAGGCAGGUGUUGGAUCAGGAUAACUUUAGUCCCAUCCCCGUGGCAACAGAGGAGGAACACAGACGGUUCACUUCCCAGUUCCCCUUCCAAGACCCUGAACUGGACAAGGUACUAACUAGGGGUUAGAGUGGAGGGGUCCCCAACUGCGGGUGGUUUUUAUUUGGCACCCCAAGUUGUGAGAAGAAAAUAUAUAUAUAUAUGUAAGUUUUUAUUAUUUUCAUUGUUGGACAUAAAAGACUGUAAAAAUAGCAGGAAAUCAGCUCCAAGUGAUUUUAAUGUAAGAAGUCUGUUCCCAAGUGUUCUCCCACACAUAAUAGAGAAACACCUGAUUUGUAUACAAAUGUAAGCAAGGUUUGAAAGUAUUAUGUUUUAGUCAAACAUUAUAUCUGUUUGGGCUUUGUAAAUGAUGUUCGGUCCCCACGACCAUCCACUCAAGAAAACAUUGGUCCCGCAGCUGGAUCUAGCUGACGACCCCUGGUGUAGGGAUAAGGGUGUAUAGACCUUCCAAGACCCAGAGUUUAGAGUGUAUAGACCCCUCUAGUCAGGGCCUGAUUUAGACCUGGGACACCAGGAGGGUGAUUCCCCUCUAGUCAGGGCCUGAUUUAGACCUGGGACACCAGGAGGGUGAUUCCACUCUAGUCAGGGCCUGAUUUAGACCUGGGACACCAGGUGGGUGAUUCCACUCUAGUCAGGGCCUGAUUUAGACCUGGGACACCAGGAGGGUGAUUCCCCUCUAAUCAGGGCCUGAUUUAGACCUGGGACACCAGGUGGGUGAUUCCACUCUAGUCAGGGCCUGAUUUAGACCUGGGACACCAGGUGGGUGAUUCCCCUCUAAUCAGGGCCUGAUUUAGACCUGGGACACCAGGUGGGUGAUUCCCCUCUAGUCAGGGACUGAUUUAGACCCGUGACACCUGGUGGUGCAAUGAAUGAUCAGGUAGAACAGAAAAGCCAGCAGGCUCCGGACCUCGUAGGGUCAGAGUUCAACACCCCUGGUAUAGACCUUCAAGACCCUGAACUGGACAAGGCGUGAAUAGUAGUUCGAUAUACAGUGCAUUCGGAAAGUAUUCAGACUCCUUCCCCUUUUUCCACAUAUUUUGUUACGUUACAGCCUUUUUCUGAAAUGGGUUAAAUUAAAUGUUCCUCAUCAAUCUAUACACAAUACCCCAUAAUGACAAAGCGAAAACAGGUUUUUAGAAAUGUUUGCUAAUUUAUAAAAUAAACAGAAAUACCUUAUUUACAUAAGUAUUCAGACCCUUUGCUAUGAGACUCGAAAUUGAGCUCCGGUGCAUCCUGUUUCCAUUGAUCACCCUUGAGAUGUUUCUACAACUUGAUUGGAGUCCACCUGUGGUAAAUUCAAUUGAUUGGACAUGAUUUGGAAAGGCACACACCUGUCUAUGUAAGGUCCCACAGUUGACAGUGCAUGUCAGAGCAGAAACCAAGCCAUGAGGUCGAAGGAAUUGUCCGUAGAGCUCCGAGACAGGAUUGUGUCGAGACACCAAUCUGGGGAAGGGUACCAAAACAUUUCUGCAGCAUUGAAGGUCCCCAAGAACACAGGACCUCUGACUUAGGAGAAGGUUCACCUUCCAACAGGACAAUGACCCUAAGCACACAGCCAAGACAAACGCAGGAGUGGCUUCGGGACAAGUCUCUGAAUGUCCUUGAGUGGCCCAGCAAGAGCCCGGACUUGAACCCGAUCGAACAUCUCUGGAGAGACCUGAAAAUAGCUGUGCAGCAACACUCCCCAUCCAACCUGACAGAGCUUGAGAGGAUCUGCAGAGAAGAAUGGGAGAAACUCUCCAAAUACAGGUGUGACAAGCUUGUAGCGUCAUACCCAAGAAGACUCGAGGCUGUAAUCGCUGCCAAAGGUGCUUCAACAAAGUACUGAGUAAAGGGUCUGAAUAUUUGUCAUUAUGGGGGUAUUGUGUAUAGAUUGAUGAGAAAAAAACAACAACAAUUUAAUCCAUUUUAGAAUAAGGCUGGAACGUAACAAAAUGUGGAAAAAGUUAAGGGGUUGAUAUUUUUGUUCAUUUUUGUAUGGUUAUCUGUGAAAUACUUCAGUUGUGCUUGAUGAACCAAUGGUAAUCAUAAAAGUAUUCUUACCCAUUUAAUCAAAGUCUGGAUAAUGAGUUAAUUAGUUGAAUCAAUUGUAUUAGUGCUGGACUGGAACCAAAGCCUGCACACCCUAGGACCAGGAAAGUUGACUUCAUUAGAGCUUGUCUAACCUCUGACCUAUUUCUCUCUUCUCUCUCUGUCUCUCUCUGUGUCUCUCUCUGUGUCUCUCUCUCUGUGUCUCUCUCUGUGUCUCUCUCUGUCUCUCUCUGUGUCUCUCUCUCUGUCUCUCUCUGUGUCUCUCUCUCUGUCUUUCUCUGUGUGUCUCUCUCUGUGUCUCUCUCUGUGUCUCUCUCUGUGUCUCUCUCUGUGUCUCUCUCUGUGUCUCUCUCUCUGUGUCUCUCUCUGUGUGUCUCUCUCUGUCUCUCUCUCCCUCUCUCCUCUGUAGCUUCCGUUCCCUAAAAAGCUUCCAUUCUCUGAGUUUGUUCCUAAAGUCUACUCUCAGCUCAAAGAGUUCAUCUACGCCUGCCUCAAGUACUAUGAAGACCUUCACCUCAGGUAAACACACACACACACACACACGCAAUUGGUGUCACUCACUUUUACUUCAAAUGCAUACUAGAAUGCAUGAAAUGUAUUGGAUUGUGGCAAGCUUACCUCUCUCCAGGGUUUUAGUUUGACAUUGGUUAUAUUGGGGAGGGUCCUUGGGAGGUUGGGGGCGAGGGGCCUGUUUACAAAUCCCCAGUGUCUGGACCUGCUGCCAGAUUUGUGAUGUGAUCCUUGUCCACUCCCUCUAUCCCCACUCCCUCUAUCCCCACUCCCUCUAUCCCCCCCUCCACUCCCUCUAUCCCCCCUCCACUCCUCUACCUCCCCCUCCAACUCCCUCUAUCCUCCCCUCCACUCCCCUAUCCCCCUCCACCCCUCUAAUCCAUCCCCUCCACUCCCUCUACCCCCCUCCACUCCCUCUAAUCCCCCUCCACUCUCCCUCUUCCUCCCUCCACUCCCUCUAAAUCCCCCCUCCACUCCCUCUAUCUCCCUCCCCUCCUCUAUCCCCCCUCCCUCCCUCUAUCCUCCCCCUCCACUAUCCCUCUAUCCUCCCCUCCACUCCCUCUAUCCCCUCCCCCCCUCCCCUCCCAACUCCCUCUAUCCACCCCUCACUCCCUCUAUCCUCACACUCUAUCCUCCCCUCCACCCCUCUAAUCCUCCCCUCCACUUCCCUCUAUCCUCCCCCUCCAUCCCUCACCUCCCCUCCACUUCCCUCCUAAUCCUCCCCCCCUCCCCUCCUCUAUCCCCCCUCCCCGCUCCACUUCCCUCUAUCUCCCCCCUCCAACGCCCUACUAUCCUCCCCUCCCCUCCUCUAUCCCCCCCUCCACUCCCUCUAUCCUCCCCUCCCCUCCCUCUAUCCUCCCCUCCCCUCCCUCUAUCCCCCCUCCCCUCCCUCUAUCCUCCCUCCACUUCCCUCGAUCCUUCCCCUCCCACUCCCUCUAUCUCCCCCCUCCCUCUCACUCCCUCUAUCCCCCCUCCCUCCCCUCUAUCCUCCCCUCCCACUCCCUCUAUCCCCCCUCCACUCCCCUAUCCUCCCUCCCCUCCCUCUAUCCCCCCCCCCUCCACUCCCUCUAUCCUCCCCUCCACUCCCUCUAUCCCUCCCCCUCCCUCCCUCCACUCCCUCCUAUCCCCCUCCACUCCUCUAAUCCUCCCCUCCACUCCCUCUAUCCUCCCCUCCCCCUCCUCUAUCCUCCCCUCCCCUCCCUCUACCUAUCCUCCCCUCCCCCUCCCUCUAUCCUCCCCUCCCUCCCUCUUCCCUCCCCUCCCCCUCCCUCUAUCCUCCCCUCCUCCACUCACCUCUACCCAACUAUCCCUCUACCCCCCCCACUUCCCUCUUAAUCCCCCCCCCUCCACCUCCACUCCUCUAUCCCCCUCCACUCCUCUAUCCCUCACCUCCACUCCUCUAUCCCUCACCUCCACUCCUCUCUAUCUCUCCCCCCCGCCCUUCCCCCUCCAACUCCCUCUAUCCUCCCCUCUCCUCCCCAUCCUCCCUCUCCACUCCCUCUAUCCUCUCCCUCCCCUCCCUCUAUCCUCCAUCCUCCCCUCCACUCAUCCUCCCUCCACUACUUCCCUCUAUCCUCCCCUCCACUCCUCUAUCCCCCCCCCUCCCCCCCUCUAUCCUCCCUUCCCCUCCCUCUAAUCCUCCCUUCCCCUCGAAACCUCGAUUCCUCCCUGCCCCCCUCCCUCUAUCCUCCCUUUCCCCUACCCUCUAUCCUCCCCUCCCCUCCCUCUAUCCUCCCCCUCCACCUCGCCUCUAAUCCGCCCCUCCCUCUAUCCUCCCCCUCCCCUCCUCUUCCUCCCCCCCCCUCCCCUCCCUCUAAUCCUCCCUUGCCCCUCCCUCUAGCCUCCCCCUCCCCUUCGGCCUCUCGUCCUCCCCUCCAACUCCCUCUAUCUCCCCUGCCCCUCCCUCGAUCCAUCCUCCCCUCCCUCCCUCUAUCCUCCCCUCCCCUCCAUCUAUCCUCCCCUCCCAUGCCCUCUCUCUCCCCUCCCUCUAUCCCCCUCCACUCCUCUAUCCUCCCCUCCCUCUAUACUCCUCCCCUCCCCUCCCUCUAUCUCCCUCCACUCCCUCUAUCCUCCCCUCCCUACUAUCCAUCCCCCUCCCUUCCCUCUACUAUCUUCCCCCGCCCCUCCCUCUAUGCCUCCCCUUCCCUUCCCUCAUCCUCCCCUCCCCCUCCCCUCUAUCCUCCCCAUCCCCUCCCUCUAUCCUCCCCUCCCCCUCCCUCUCACUCGCUCCCCCCACUCCCUCUAUCCUCUCCUCCCUCCCUCUACUCCACUCCCUCUAACCCCCCCCUUCACACUCCCUCUAUCCUCCCCUCCACUCCCCUCUAUCCUCCCUCCACUUCCCUCUAUCCCCUCCAUCAUCCUCCCCUCCCACUCCCUCUAUCCUCCCCUCCCUCUAUCCCCCCCUCCACUCCCUCUAUCCUCCCCUCCACUCCCUCUAUCCUCCACCCCCCCUCCCCUUCUUCUGAUACACUCCAUCCCCCCAUACUUCACUUUCCCUUCAAUCGGAACUCUGGCCAAGGACAGGGGUCAUUGGGUCACGUACCCUAUAAGGAGUAUCGAUAGCCAGGAUUCUGGCUUAACGAAUGUGCUUCAUGGUGUGGAGGUGCAGAGUUGAUUUAAUAUGACCUGAUCUGGUCAUGAUUUAGGUCUGGUUACCUCUUAUAUGGAAAUGGGGGUCUGGCUAGUUUCCGCCUUCUAAUAUUUAAGUGUGUGUGUGUGCACAUCAGGGCAGGAAGGUGUGUCGCCGUCGUUGUAACGGGAUAGCUGGCGUAACCGUGGAUACGGGGCCAGGCCAAAUCACUGAGUCGUUAUGGUGAUGAGGAGAACAAUUACCUGUGUCUGAUUGUCAGAUAAUUCCGGAAGGUCAGCUAGACGAUUACAGAGUGGGCGAUGACUUCAGAGUUGAGUUUAGUUCAAGGUCUGGUUUGGUCAGGCUACUAUUUCAUUCCAACCCCUAGCUACAAUAUUUUGUGGUUUUGUUGUGUGUGUGUGUGUGUGUGUGUGUGUGUGUGUGUGUGUGUGUGUGGGGGGGCUACAUUAUGUUGUGGUUCUGUUGACAGUUGAGAUCCAAAUAUGCAGUGAAUGUUGAAAAGGUUGGAGAAGUUACCAAAGUAUCCAUUUUCCUUCCCCUCUAUAGCUACAUGUAAUGUCUGGCAUUGAUAGAUAGUAGAUAUGCGUUCUGAACAUCACUUCAGUUAGUGAACGAGAAUAGAGAAUAUCUUGCCAGUGAUAUUUUUGAAUGUUUUGUUGUAGUUUUUAACGUAGCAUGUUGGACAUGAGUGAUUAUACAUUCGAUGGUAUUAUCUAUUGUAUUGCACUGGUUAUAUGGAAUCUGAUAGUGUGUGUGUAAUCAGAACGGCUUACGGACGGACAGAAAUAAACGAACAGAUGGACAGAUGGACAGCAGGAAUUCUUCUUUCUCCUCCCACUUUAUUUUCUGUCUCUUAUCCUAAUAUUAUAUUUACAUUUACAUUUUAGUCAUUUAGCAGACGCUCUUAUCCAGAGCGACUUACAGUUAGUGAGUGCAUACAUUAUUUUUCAUACUGGCCCCCCGUGGGAAUCGAACCCACAACCCUGGCGUUGCAAACGCCAUGCUCUAUCAACUGAGCUACAUCCCUGCCGGCCAUUCCCUCCCCUACCCUGGACGACGCUGGGCCAAUUGUGCGCCGCCCCAUGGGUCUCCCGGUCGCGGCCGGCAACGGCAACGGCAAUGAUAUUCCUUCCUGAUUUCCACAGCUCAACUCUGUCUGAAUCUCCUUCCUUUGAUCGUGGAUCUCACACACACAAGACCCCAACUCCUGUACCUUUUGAGAAUAUAGGCUACUAUAGUGGUAUCUAGGUAGGGAGCUGGGUGUGUGUGGUAUCUAGGUAGGGAGCUGGGUGUGUGUGGUAUCUAGGUUGGGAGCUGGGUGUGUGGUAUCUAGGUAGGGAGGCUGGGUGUGUGUGGUAUCUAGGUAGGGAGCUGGGUGUGUGUGGUAUCUAGGGAGGGAGCUGGGUGUGUGUGGUGUCUAGGUAGGGAGCUGGGUGUGUGUGGUGUCUAGGUAGGGAGCUGGGUGUGUGUGGUAUCUAGGUAGGGAGCUGGGUGUGUGUGGUAUCUAGGUAGGGAGCUGGGUGUGUGUGGUAUCUAGGUAGGGAGCUGGGUGUGUGUGGUAUCUAGGUAGGGAGCUGGGUGUGUGGUAUCUAGGUAGGGAGCUGGGUGUGUGUGGUGUCUAGGUAGGGAGCUGGGUGUGUGUGGUAUCUAGGUAGGGAGCUGGGUGUGUGUUGGUAUCUAGUAGGAGCUGGGUGGUGUGUGGUAUCUAGGUAGGGAGCUGGUGUGUGGUGGUGUCUAGGUAGGGAGCUGGGUGUGUGGGUAUCUAGGUAGGGAGCUGGGUGUGUGUGGUAUCUAGGCAGGGAGCUGGGUGUGUGUGGUAUCUAGGCAGGGAGCUGGGUGUGGUGUGGUAUCUAGGCAGGGCAGGCUGGGUGGUGUGUGGUAUCUAGGCAGGGAGCUGGGUGUGUGUGGUAUCUAGGCAGGGAGCUGGGUGUGUGGGGUAUCUAGGUAGGGAGCUGGGUGUGUGUGGUGUCUAGGUAGGGAGCUGGGUGUGUGUGGUAUCUAGGUAGGGAGCUGGGUGUGUGUGGUAUCUAGGUAGGGAGCUGGGUGUGUGUGGUAUCUAGGUAGGGAGCUGGGUGUGUGUGGUAUCUAGGUAGGGAGCUGGGUGUGUGUGGUAUCUAGGUAGGGAGCUGGGUGUGUGUGGUAGGUAGGGAGCUGGGUGUGCGUGUGUAGGUAGGGAGCUGGGUGUGUGUGGUAUCUAGGUAGGGAGCUGGGUGUGUGUGGUAUCUAGGUAGGGAGCUGGGUGUGUGUGGUAUCUAGGUAGGGAGCUGGGUGUGUGUGGUGUCUAGGUAGGGAGCUGGGUGUGUGUGGUAUCUAGGUAGGGAGCUGGGUGUGUGUGGUAUCUAGGUAGGGAGCUGGGUGUGUGUUGGUAUCUAGGUAGGGGAGCUGGGUGUGUGUGGUGUCUAGUAGGGAGCUGGGGUGUGUGUGGUAUCUAGGUAGGCGAGCUGGUGUGUGGUGGUAUCUAGGCAGGGAGCUGGGUGUGUGUGGUAUCUAGGCAGGGAGCUGGGUGUGUGUGGUAUCUAGGCAGGGAGCUGGGUGUGUGUGGUAUCUAGGCAGGGAGCUGGGUGUGUGUGGUAUCUAGGCAGGGAGCUGGGUGUGUGUGGUAUCUAGGUGGGAGCUGGGUGGUGUGGUGUCUAGGUAGGGAGCUGGGUGUGUGUAUCUAGGUAGGGAGCUGGGUUGUGUGUUGGUAUCUAGGUAGGGAGCUGGGUGUGUGUGGGUAUCUAGGUAGGGAGCUGGGUGGUGUGGUAUCUAGGUAGGGAGUGGGUGUGGUGGUGUCUAGGUAGGGAGCUGGGUGGUGUGUGGUAUCUAGGUAGGGAGCUGGGUGUGUGUGGUAUCUAGGUAGGGAGCUGGGUGUGUGUGGUAUCUAGGUAGGGAGCUGGGUGUGUGUGGUAUCUAGGUAGGGAGCUGGGUGUGUGUGGUAUCUAGGCAGGGAGCUGGGUGUGUGUGGUAUCUAGGGAGGGAGCUGGGUGUGUGUGGUAGGUAGGGAGCUGGGUGUGUGUUUGGGUGUUUAAGAGUAAUAUUGAUUGUUAGCUAGAUUUAUUCUCUGUGUGUCAAAUUAUCUAAAGACCUGUCUGUCUGUCUGUCUCUCUCUCUCGCUCUGUUUUCUCUCUCUCUCUCUCUCUCUCUCUCUGGUCUCUUUUUGCCAAGUCAUCAAAUUGCACUUGAGGAAUUUUUCUCCCUCGGAAUCAUUGGAACGUUGUUUGGAAUUCUCUCUUUCCCCCCCGGAGCUCAGGGAACAUUUUUUGGAUUCUUGUCGUCCCAUCAGUCUCAACACAAUAACACAAUUUAGGGAUUUGGUGUGUAUGUGUGGGUGGGCUCAGCGUUAUGGCCAAAAUAUCAUACCACAAUAUUUUUCUAGUUUUUGAAGGUAUGAUGGUAUUUUAUGUAUUUAAUAAACAAAAGUUCUAAAUAUGCUUUGAGUAGUGCAUGACUCAAUGUGUGGCAACACAUACACUACAAAAGUAUAUGGACACCUGCUCGUCGAACAUCUCAUUCCAAAAUCAUGGGCAUUAAUAUGGAGUUGAUCCCCCCUUUGCUGCUAUAACAGCCUCCACUCUUCUGGGAAGGCUUUCCACUAGAUGUUGGAACAUUGCUGCAGGGACUUGCUUCCAUUCAGCCACAAGAGGCUCUUUAUGCAAAGAGUCAAUAUUUGCAGUGUUGACCCUUCUUUUUCUGUUCAAAUAUUUUUUUAUUGAACACACACAAGAAUGGUGUAUAGGUAUGAAAGACAUGUGUACAGUUCUUAUCUAAACAUAAGAGAACAGACAUGAACAACAAGACCCAGAGUUCUGGACACAAAACAAAUAUUACAAAACACGACAUACAGAACAGGGACAGGUAGAAAGAAAAAGGGUAGAUGUAACCCCCCCACUUAUACCCCCCUUUAUCCCCCCCCCCUCCCCCCCUAUUCCACCCUAUUCCCCUCCCGACUGCUCGAGUGUCGGGGCCAGCACACGCUCUGCAAUCCGCCCUGGCAUGCUGUCAAUUAACUUCUGGGCCACAUCCUGACUAAUGGCAGCCCAUUCUUGCAUAAUCAAUGCUUGGAGUUUGUCAGAAUUUGUGGGUUUUUGUUUGUCCACCCGACUCUUGAGGAUCGACCACAAGUUCUCAAUGGGAUUAAGGUCUGGGGAGUUUCCUGGCCAUGGACCCAAAAUGUUGAUGUUUUGUUCCCCGAGCCACUUAGUUGUCACUUUUGCCUUAUGGCAAGGUGCUCCAUCAUGCUGGAAAAGGCAUUGGUCGUCACCAAACUGUUCUUGGAUGGUUGGGAGAAGUUGCUCUCGGAGGAUGUGUUUGUACCAUUCUUUAUUCAUGGCUGUGUUCUUCGGCAAAAUUGUGAGUGAGCCCACUCCCUUGGCUGAGAAGCAACCCCACACAUGAAUGGUCUCAGGAUGCUUUACUGUUGGCAUGACACAGGACUGAUGGUAGCGCUCACCUUGUCUUCUCUGGACAAGGUGUUUUCCGGAUGCCCCAAACAAUCGGAAAGGGGAUUCAUCAGAGAAAAUGACUUUACCCCCGUCCUCAGCAGUCCAAUCCCUGUACCUUUUGCAGAAUAUCAGUCUGUCCCUGAUGUUUUUCCUGGAGAGAAGUGGAUUCCUCGCUGCCCUUCUUGACACCAGGCCAUCCUCCAAAAGUCUUCGCCUCACUGUGCGUGCAGAUGCACUCACAUCUGCCUGCUGCCAUUCCUGAGCAAGCUCUGCACUGGAGGUGCUCCGAUCCCACAGCUGAAUCAACUUUAGGAGACGGUCCUGGUGCUUGCUGGACUUUCUUGGGCGCCCUGACGCCUUCUUCACAACAAUUGAACCUCUCUCCUUGAAGUUCAUGAUGAUCCGAUAAAUGGUUGAUUUAGGUGCAAUCUUACUAGCAGCAAUAUCCUUGCCUGUGAAGCCCUUUUUGUGCAAAGCAAUGAUGACGGCAUGUGUUUCCUUGCAGGUAACCAUGGUUAACAGAGGAAGAACAAUGAUUUCAAGCACCACCCUCCUUUUAAAGCUUCCAGUCUGAUAUUCUAACUCAAUCAGCAUGACAGAGUGAUCUCCAGCCUUGUCCUCGUCAACACUCUCACCUGUGUUAACGAAAGAAUCACUGACAUGAUGGCAGCUGGUCCUUUUUGUGGCAGGGCUGAAAUGCAGUGGAAAGUUUUUUUGGGGGAUUAAGUUCAUUUUCAUGGCAAAGAGGGACUUGCCAUCAUCAAAACUGAGGCAGCAGACUUUGUGAAACUUAGUAUUUGUGUCAUUCUCAAAACUUUUGACCACGACUGUACAUUCUGAGUGAUAUUAAUGGGGCUCAAUCUCUUCUGAUUGUUUUAUACUGAUAUAAUCAUACUUCAACCAAAAACAUAUUUCAGCUUUGUCAUACAUUUCUGCAUUUCUUAAUUAAUUAAUUUGUUAGUAUUUAUUUUAUACUGUUACACAUUUGUUUUUGUCUUUGUAUCACUUCCUUUAUCAGAAUAACUAUUAUCCUCAGUAGGUUUCCAUCCUAGGUAGGUUUCCAUGGCGACCAGUAGGUUUCCAUGGCGACCGGUAUGUUUCCAUGGCGACCAGUAGGUUUCCAUGGCGACAGAGUUUCAUGCGAAUAUUGUGAAAUCGGCAUUAAAAACAAUAUGCUAAUUCUUCCACCAGAGAUGCAUCAAAUUCACUGUGGAUAAAAGUGAUGUGAGGACGUAGCGAACAUAGAAACUAAUUUUUGCUGUUAAAUUGUCAUGUACCGAAUAAAAUAUACAAGUUAAAUGGGUUUACAUCGUAUUUUCAACUCUAUUGAGGGUUUUGUCACAAACAAAUUUGCGUUAUAUAGCGAUUGUGCCCACUCUAGUCUAGGCACUCUAGCCAACAGCUGGCAGAUACAGUGCAGGUUAGGCUAUCUACAUGAUGAGAUUAUUAUGGAUUAUCAUUUGUGGUCCUCUGUAGCUCAGCUGGUAGGGCACGGCGCUUGUAACGCCAAGGUAGUGGGUUCGAUCCCCGGGACCACCCAUACACAAAAAAUGUAUGCACGUAUGACUGUAAGUCGCUUUGGAUAAUAGCGUCUGCUAAAUGGCAUAUUAUUAUUAUUAUGGACCAAAGAGCAAGAUUAUUUAAAUUUGUCAAACUGCUGCCAAGCAUCGAUCAUCGUGUGACCUGAAGAGUUUAGGACCCUUGAUAUUUAUUGGAAAGGAGCAUCAAGCUCAUCACCGUGCACUUUCACCACCAUGUGAAGUUCAUCGUAACUUAUUUCAUCUGUAGCUAGAAAACUGCAUGGUUUCUGGAGUCGUAGUGGGAGGAGACACACAAUAUUUACAUUUUACACUUAUGUUUUAGUCAUUUAGCAGACGCUCUUACUUUGAUAUAAUGGUUAUUACAUGAAUAUUUGUGCAUAAAAGCAUUUCUGCUGCUAUUUUUCAUUGAUUUUACAGACACAAAAAUAUCCCAGCUUGUCUAGUGUAUUUUGUUUUGUUGACAUUUGGAAAUUUACACAUUUGCUGUUUCCAUCAGCCCUGUCGUAAAAUAAUAAUAAUUAAAAAUGUAUAAUUAUCCGACAUGUACUUUACUCGCAUUUAAAAAGGUUAGUGACUGUAUUUUCAUUGGAUUCAAUGGCAGUUCUUACUUUUGCCACAAGGGGCAUUAUUCCUAUUUCUAGGGUGCUUUUUGGCACCAGCACUGCCUCACACGCAAUAUUCAUUGCAACAAUGUACCUGUCCACACCUAAAGCUAGCAGAUGAGCUGUUUAAACUAUUAGCGGUGUACCUGUCCACACCUGAAGCUAGCAGAUGAGCUGUUUCAACUAUUAGCGGUGUACCUGUCCACACCUGAAGCUAGCAGAUGAGCUGUUUCAACUGUUAGCGGUGUACCUGUCCACACCUGAAGCUAGCAGAUGAGCUGUUUCAAACUGUUAGCGGUGUACCUGUCCACACCUGAAGCUAGCAGAUGAGCUGUUUCAACUGUUAGCGGUGUACCUGUCCACACCUGAAGCUAGCAGAUGAGCUGUUUCAACUAUUACGGUGUACCUGUCCACACCUGAAGCUAGCAGAUGAGCUGUUUCAAACUAUUAGCGGUGUACCUGUCCACACCUGAAGCUAGCAGAUGAGCUGUUUCAACUAUUAGCGGUGUACCUGUCCACACCUGAAGCUAGCAGAUGAGCUGUUUCAACUAUUAGCGGUGUACCUGUCCACACCUGAAGCUAGCAGAUGAGCUGUUUCAACUAUUAGCGGUGUACCUGUCCACACCUGAAGCUAGCAGAUGAGCUGUUUCAACUGUUAGCGGUGUACCUGUCCACACCUGAAGCUAGCAGAUGAGCUGUUUAAACUAUUAGCGUGUACCUGUCCACACCUGAAGCUAGCAGAUGAGCUGUUUCAACUAUUAGCGUGUACCUGUCCACACCUGAAGCUAGCAGAUGAGCUGUUUAAACUAUUAGCGGUGGUACCUGUCCACACCUGAAGCUAGCAGAUGAGCGGUGUACUGGCCACACCUGAAGCUAGCAGAUGAGCGUUUAAAACUAUUAGAGCGGUGUACCUGUCCACACUGAAGCUAGCAGAUGAGCUGUUUCAACUAUAGCGGUGUACCUGUCCACGCCUGAAGCUAGCAGAUGAGCUGUUUCAACUGUUAGCCGUCUCUUACUGCCAGUAAGAACUGACAAUUACCAUAUUUUUCAGGUUUAUCACUCAGUUUUACAUUUAUAUUACAUUUAACAAACAAAACAUUGUUUUAGGUAAAGUUAAAAUCCAAACCGGUCCGUGCAUCAAUUCUGGUAUAUGGGAAAAUACGGUGUACCGGCCAGCCCUAGUGUGUGUGUUGGUAUACGGUUUACCGGCCAGCCCUAGUGUGUGUGUGUUGGUAUACGGUUGUACCGGCCAGCCUAGGUGUGUGUUUGUGUUGGUAUACGGUGUACCGGCCAGCCCUAGUGUGUGUGUGUUGGUAUACGGUGUACCGGCCAGCCCUAGUGUGUGUGUUUGGUAUACGGUGUACCGGCCAGCCCUAGUGUGUGUGUGUUUGGUUAUACGGUUUUUUUUGUACGGCCCAGCCUAGUGGGUGUGGGGUGUGUUGGUAUCGGUCUGUGUUGUUUACCGGCCGCCCUAGUGUGUGUGGGUGUGUUGGUUAUACGGUUGCCUUUUGUUUUUUGUACCGGCCAGCCCUCCUAGUGUUGUGUGUGUGUGUGGUAUACGGUUUGUACGGCCAGCCCUAGUGUGUGUGUUGGUUAUACGGUGUAACGGCCAGAACUAGGGUGUGGGUUGGUAUACGGUGGAAGGCAGCCUUGUGGGUGGGUUGGUAAUACGGGUACCGGCCAGCCUGGGUGUGGUUGUUGGUUUAUACGGUGUACCGGCAACAGCCCUAGUGGGGUGUUGGGAUAAGGUGUACCGCCAGACUAGUGGGUGUGGGUUACGGUGAAUAGUGUUGGUUAGCCAUAGGGCCACCGGGGGGGAAGGGUACCCCCCCAGGGGGGGAAAACUCCCCUUGCCUCCCCAGGGGGGGGAAAGGGGAGCCGGCCCCUCUCAUUAAACAUUUCCAACCCCAAAUUUCCAAACGCUCUUUCCAUUUCCCGCUCUUCCUCGCUUAUUUUCCACGCUCUCUCCCCAUCCCGCUCUCUCCAUCGCUCUCUCCAAACGCUCUUUUCCCGCCCCUUUUCCAUCGCUCUCUUCCUCGCUCUCUCCCCCGCUCUCUCCAUCGCUCUUUCAUCGCUUCUUCCUCGCUUAUCUCGCUCUCCCAAUUCCGGCCCCCUCUCUCUCGCCCUCUUCCCCCCCUCUCUUCCCUUUGCCUCUCCAAACGCUCCUCUCGCUCUCUCCCUCGCUCUUUUCUCCCUCGCUUCCUUUUCCCCCUUUUCCCUUUUCCAAAAAAUACAAAGAGAAAACAAUCCUGUUUCCUUCCUGUCUGUCCCCUUUCCUGUCCCCCCUAUUUUCCUUAUCUUUCCCCCUCCUCCUGCCUCCUUUCUCCUUUUUCCUCCUGUCUCCCUUUCCCCCUGUCCUCCCUGUCCUCCUGUUCCUGUCCCCCUUCAUUUAGCCUCAGGCCUCCGGGCCUUGUUUUCUUGGGCAGGGUUUUUUUUUUUACUUUCCCCUGCCUCAUUGGACUUUUGAUAGACUUUAAAAGGACCAAAUUGUGGGGGUGCUAAUUUUAAGCUCCUUUUUUUUUAUUUUUGUUUAUUUAUUUUUUUUUUCUUCCAGCUUACCCGAGGGAUUUAAUUUGAGAAUUUUUGGGUUUAAAUUGCCCUUUCUUAAAGGGAAAAUCCCGAGUUUUCCUACGGCUGGGAUUAAAAAAAGGACCUUUAGGGGGUGGCAAAAAGUCUUCCCUGCUCUGCCGGCCCCCCCAUUUGGCUCCUUUUUAAGUAAUUGUUCUCUUUUGUUCUGGUUUCAAAAUUUAGAUAUUAGGUAAGUUGAAACCGGGUGGAAAUAGUCUGGGUUUUUUUCAAGGGCCCGGGAAGGGGUUUAAGGGGGAGGGGUUUUUUAGGGUUUGGUUGCUUGUUUUCUCGUAUUUUUUGUUCUGGUCUCUUUUGUUUUUUGUUUUCUCCCUGUCUCUUUGUCUAUCCCCCUUAUGCCCCGGGCUCCUUUUUUUCUCUCUCUGUCUCUGUUUCUUUCUCUUCUUCUCUUCUCUCUCUCUGUCUUUCUUCUUCUCUGUCUCCGUUUCUCCUUCUGUCUUCUCUUCUCUGUCCUCUCUCUCUCGUCUCUCCUCUUCUCUCGUCUUUUUCCUCUGGUCUUUGUCUCCUCUUCUUGUUCUCUGGUUUUCCUUCUCGUCUGGUUGCUUCUCUGUCUCCUUUCGGUCUCUUCUCUGUCUCUUCUGUCCUCUGUCUCGUGUCUCUCUUCUCUCUCUUUUCUCUGUCUGUCUCUUCUGUUCUCUGUCUCGGGUUCUCUCUGUUCUCGUCUCUGUCGUCUCUCUGUCUCUGUCUGUCUCUCUCUCUCUCUCUGUCUCGGUCUCUCUCUCUGUCUCUCUGUCUCUCUGUCUCUCUCUGUCUCUCUGUCUCUCUGUCUCUCUGUCUCUGUGUCUCACUGUGUCUCUGUGUGUGAGACAGAAAAUAUGAAUAAGUGGUCAGUUAUGAUGUUACAGACCUUAUGUGUCUAUAGGGGCGCCAGGCAGGGUUGAGGGUUGGUUUUGUGGGGUUGAUAUUCAGGCUGGUAUUCUGUGUGUGUAUCUAGCUGGUUCAGGUGAUCAUCAACACUACCCAUCUGGAGGCAUCCUGUGUCUACCUGGAGGAGUUCAUCUCCAACAUCACUAACGUUCCAACUGAUACCGCCAAUGCUACCAAGCUCUAUGGGACUUCCACGUUUAAGGUGAAAACGCACGGACACACAGCCUUCUCUCUUGUAGUGAUCCCGAUAUCUCACAAACUUUCCCUCCAUCUCUGUUUCUCUUGAUCUCAACAUCAAUCUCCAUCUCUCCCCACCCCCUCUCAAUCAAUCAACCAGUCAAUCAAUCAAUCACAUUUUAUUUUAUUAAAGCCCUUUUUACAUCAGCAGUUGUCAUAAGGUGCUUUACCCAGCUGAAACCCCAAAAUGUCUCUCUGCUCCAGGACGCCAGACACGCAGCAGAAGAGGAGAUCUACACCAAUCUGAACGCCAAGAUCGACCAGUUCCUCCAGCUGGCUGACUAUGAUUGGACAGCAGCCCAGGGGGGCGGAGCUCCCAGCGACUACCUGAGUGACCUCAUAGCCUUCCUCUGUUCCACCUUCUCGGUCUUCACACACCUGCCG